AUGGCUAACAAUCAGAACACUAGACAUGCUGGAGCUCUCCCAAGUGAUACAGAGAAAAAUCCUCAAGUCAAUACAAUGACGUUGAGAAAUGGGAGAGAGUUGGUAGAAGUCCCUAAGAAGAAAAAGGAGUCGUCUGGGCUCGAAGAAGAAAGAGUGCCAAAACCUGUAAAGAUACACUUGAACAUCCCUUUGGUGGACACGCUCCGUAAUGUCCCAAAAUAUGCAUAUUAUAUUAAGGAUAUAGUGGUAAAUAAAAUGAGGUUAACUGAGUUUGAUACCGUCUCACUUAUUGAGGAGUGUACUUCCAAGAUUCAACAUAAGCUUCCACAAAAUCUUAAGGAUCUGUGUAGUUUUAUCAUCCCUGUGAGGCUUGGUGAAAUUGAUAUAGGUAGAGCUUUGUGUGAUUUGAGUGCAAGUAUCAAUAUGAUUCCAUUGUCAGUGUUCAAACAAUUGGGCUUAGGAGCUCCAAGACCCACCAUGGUGAUACUACAGUUAGCUGAUAGAUCUUAUAUUUAUCCUGAGGGGGUAAUUGAGGACGUCUUGCUGCAUAUUGGGAAGUUUAUUUCCCUGCAGAUUUUAUCAUCCUAG